UAUCGAACUUGACCGUUCUGGAAUAUCGAUCCGCGUUUCCGUCAACCAAUACCCCGCCUCAGCUGCUCAGUCUCAACCAACAUGGCUGCCACAAGAUAGAGCGUGUUUUCUGAGAUCUCAACAAUUUAUCUACUACUGUAAUGGAAUAUCUUGUUCCAUAGUUAGCGCCUUGUGGUGCUGACUGCACGUGGAAUAUCUACUCUCCCUGAGAGGAGGAGGGUCAUGUCCGAAAACAUUGAAACUUCGGACCAAACAAAACAACAAAAACCGGAAGUUGCGAACACUGCAAGCCAUGCGGAGGAGAAACACGAACUUUUGAAAAAAUCUGGCGGUAUCGGAACCGGAAGUAAAAAAACAAGCAAACAGUAUACUGAUUCAGGUCAUCCUAAACGCAGACAUGUUUGUCCGGAUUAUUUCGGAGUGAAAUCCUAUCUUCAUGAUUUCUAUGACAACCAUGUGUAUAAGGAUCCUCAGAUCUACGAAGAGGAUGACGACAUACGGUUGUUGUUGAACCCAUCGGCCAAACGCCGUCGGCGGUGUCCCCCGAUAUGGCUUAAGGUUUGUGUCUGGUGUGGAGUCAACCUUCUUCUCUUCGGAAUGAUAGGUAUACUCGUGGGCUAUUUCGUGCCGCAGAAACCCAUCAUACGGAAAUUGAUUCACGGCGACAAUGUGGCGGUGGUCGAUCAUCGAGCUAUGUCCUACAACGCAGUCCUGGACCUGUGUAAGCUUAUUGGCUUAAUUCUGUUCUGUACAGGAGGAGUCCUGCUGGCCUCCGCCCUUCUCUUACCCAGCAUCCUGGCCAGUCGUUGUUCGUGCGACGAUGAUUACGACGAUGCCAUCCGUGUGAAUCUCGGAGAGGAACCGGGACCAAAGAGUCCCAUCGAAAUGACGAUCCCUGCCACAUCCAAACUGAAGAAUGUCCAGCCAGCCCCCGGAAAGGUCACGUUCCAUCAACCCCCAGUACAAGAUGACGCGGUACAAGUGAAAGAUUAGAAUAUAUAUAUUCUGCUUAAUCAGGAUUGAAAAGUGAGAAAUGAGAUGCAAUUGAACAGAGCUGAAGUUUGUCAAUAUCCUAUAUACAGGUAACCAAUCAGAUCCUAUAUCUAGACCUUGUGUACAUUUGGACAAGUAGAACUAGUGCAGGAAGGAUUCAGAAAGGUAAAGGUUGUUAUUGGCACUUGCUCUUGUUAUGUCUGUCAUCAACAUCUCACGAUAC